CAGUUGCAAUUAAGGAACCACGCCUUUCGCUCUCGGUUCCUUCUGAAUUACAGUAUUUAUACCAUGCCCCAGGGCAAAUAAGCGGCUGAAAAACUUACUCUCACAGGGACUGUGACGGUAUUUGUCUCUAUUCAUUAUUUCAUUAUCGCGAGAGCCGCCGACCUCCAGGGUAGGGGUCUUGACCACUAGAGCGGACAGAAGCAAAUGGUCCAGUGGUCCUCAGCUGAGAGAAGGAACACGGGACUGUCCUCUCCAAAACCAUAAGGCUACAGAAAUGGAGUAUAGCGAGUUCAUGGUCUCAUUUUUAUGCUGGAUACAGUUAGGUACUUAUGUCGAGUCCUCUGAAACAAAACAGGAGCCUAUUUCAUCAGAAAAACUGCUGGUCCUAACAGUUGCCACACAUGAGACAGAUGGCUUUCGUCGUUUUAUGCAGUCAGCAAACUAUUUCAACUACACUGUUAAGGUGCUUGGGAUGGGAGAGCCAUGGAAGGGCGGGGACGUGGGUCGUUCCAUUGGUGGGGGACAGAAAGUGAGACUACUGAAGAAAGCCAUGGAGGCCUUGGCUGACCAGGAGAAUCUGGUGGUGUUGUCUGUGGACAGCUAUGAUCUUAUCUUCGCCGGGGGACCUGAUGAGAUCCUCAGAAAGUUCCAGCAGGCCAAUCACAAAGUUCUGUUUGCUGCCGAGGGGCUGGUCUGGCCCGAUAAGCGUCUGGUGGACAAGUACCCCUCGGUCCGCAGUGGGAAACGUUUCCUCAAUUCAGGAGGCAUUAUGGGCUAUGCCCCCUAUGUGAACAAAGUUGUCAAGCAGUGGGACCUUCAUGACAACGAUGACGACCAGCUGUUCUACACCAAAAUAUACCUGGACCUCUCACAAAGGAAUAGCUUGAAUAUGACUUUGGACCACAAGUGUCAGAUUUUCCAGAACCUAAAUGGAGCAAUCGAUGAGGUUCUUCUCAAGUUUGGAACUGAGAGAGUGCGUGUGAGGAACUCAGUGUACGACACUCUACCAGUUGUUGUCCAUGGCAACGGGAACACUAAAAUGUAUUUGAACUAUUUAGCCAACUAUAUCCCCAAUGCCUGGAACUAUGAAAAGGGCUGUGGUAUCUGUGACCACAACAUGGUGGACAUGUCUCAACUCAAAGAAUAUCCCAGUGUGCUGAUUGGUGUGUUCAUUGAGCAGCCCAGUCCAUUCCUCUCUGAAUUCUUCCAGCGGCUUCUGACCCUUGACUAUCCCAAACACAAGCUCAGCGUUUUUGUGCACAACAACGAAGUUUACCAUGAACGUCACAUCCAGAGGUUUUGGGAGGAGCACAGGAAUGUGUUCAACGGCUUCAAGGUGGUCGGGCCCGAGGAAAACUUGAGCCAGGGAGAGGCCAGGAACAUGGGCAUGGAUCUGUGUCGUAAGGAUGCCGGCUGCGACUUCUACCUCAGCAUCGACACAGAUGUGAUGCUCACCAACCGACAGACCUUGAAGAUCCUUAUAGAGCAGAACAGAAAAAUAAUUGCUCCCCUUGUCACUCGUCAUGGUAAACUGUGGUCCAACUUCUGGGGAGCCUUAAGUCUGGAUGGUUAUUAUGCCCGCUCCGAAGACUACAUUGACAUUGUCCAGGGGAAGCGUGUUGGUGUAUGGAACAUUCCUUACAUGGCCCAUGUAUACCUUGUAAAGGGCGAGGUCUUGAGGAAUGAAAUGAAGGAGAGGAACUAUUUUGUUUUGGAGAAACUGGACCCUGAUAUGGCCCUGUGUAGAAAUGCCAGAGAACUGACAAAUCAGAGAGAAAAAGACUCCCCUUCUCCGGAAUCAUUCCAUAUGCUCAGACCCCCAAAGGGAAUCUUCAUGUACAUCACAAAUCGUCAGGAGUUUGGGAGACUAAUUUCCACCGCUAACUAUAACACGUCACAUUAUAACAGUGAUUUGUGGCAAAUAUUUGAAAACCCUGUGGACUGGAAAGAAAAGUACAUCCACCCUAACUAUACACGCAUCUUUACAGAGAACUUCCUCGAACAGCCUUGUCCAGAUGUAUUCUGGUUCCCUGUAAUGACGGAACGGGCGUGUGAUGAGAUUGUGGAGGAGAUGGAGCACUAUGGGUCUUGGUCUGGAGGGAAGCACGAGGAUAAGCGCAUCACCGGUGGCUAUGAGACUGUGCCCACAGACGACAUCCACAUGAAACAGAUAGGCUACGAUAAGGAGUGGCUACACUUCAUACGCGAGUUCAUAUCGCCCGUAACUUUGAAAGUCUUCUCUGGCUACUACACCAAGGGCUAUGCUAUCAUGAACUUUGUGGUGAAAUACACGCCUGGGAGACAGGCCUACCUGAGACCGCAUCACGACUCCUCCACCUUCACUAUCAACAUUGCACUCAAUAACAAAGGCACAGACUUCCAGGGUGGAGGUUGUCGUUUCCACAGGUAUAACUGCUCUAUAGAUUCUCCCAGAAAGGGGUGGAGCUUCAUGCAUCCAGGCAGACUGACGCAUCUCCACGAAGGCCUGCCAACAACCAACGGCACUCGCUACAUUGCAAUAUCCUUCAUCGACCCUUAAAACCUGGAAUAGAUUAGGCGUUUAUCAGGUUUUUUGUCUGUUUUUAAUUUGUUGUAUUAUUUUAUCUGAUUGCAGUCAGUUAUGUUGUAAUGCUGUGCUUUGUCCCGUCCCCCCCGUUUUUUGUGCUUUAAUUUACUUUAUUUAUCCACAAAGGAAUGUCACAGAUCAUCUCUGUCAAACAGAGUGUGGUGCCUUUAGGGAAAGCUUUUUUCUACCAUUCACUGAAAGAGCUUAUCAGGGAAAACCUGAAAACAUGUUAUUUUUCCCCGCAGAAACUCAUCAGAAAUCAUUACUGUACUCAACUAUGGCUCUCGGACACUCUCAAACCCCCCAUGUUACUUUAUUCACAUGACAUUUGCCUACUUUAAACUAAUGGUAUCAAUGAUGUUUGUUGAUGGUAUUGGGGAUUUUAUAUCUAAAUAUAUAUAUUUUCCAUCAGAGAAAAAACAUUGAAUUGCAAUGAAUUACUUUAUACAACUAGAGUCACUAUGUGUCCAAAAAGAGAUGUCUAUUUUUGUAACUUAAUAACAAUAAACACAUUUUGUAGCACCAGAAAGGAAAAUGACAACAUAAUCUGUAAUGAGUUCUGCUUAAAAGAAGUUUGAUAAUGUCAAUGCUUUACUUGAAAUUCAUAACAAGGUGCUGCUUUUAGUACACAUUUUGGGAGCUGAAAACAUUUCUGAGAUGUUUACUUUCUCUGAAAGUUGUGAUUUGUGAUUGAACGUUGAACCUCUCUGCCUGUUCAAAUGCUUAACUUAUUGUGAAAUGUAUGGACAUUAAAAAUAAUACUGAAAAAAUGACA